AUGCUUGAACGCAAAAGGCCCCUCUUGUUCGUCGGUUCAGCUUCAGUGGAAGCACCACCUACAUCUGGAGGACUUGCUCCUGCAAUUUCUUUGACAGAUAAUGCAUUGAAGCACUUCAAUAAGCUAAGGUCUGAAAGAAAUGAAGAUUUUUGUCUAAGAAUUCGUGUUAGACAAGGAGGAUGUUCUGGCAUGUCUUAUACCAUGGAUUUUGAGAACAGAGAAAAUGCUAGACCCGAUGAUUCUUUUAUUGAAUACAAUGGAUUUGUUAUAGUUUGUGAUCCAAAAAGCCCUCUCUUCCUAUAUGGUGUGCAACUGGAUUAUAGUGAUGCACUGAUUGGGGGAGGCUUUAAUUUCAAGAACCCAAAUGCUACACAAACCUGUGGCUGUGGUAAAUCAUUUGCUGCAGAGAUGUAA